GUAAAGCAUGUGUGCCAAAUAGAAAAAACUAAAACUACUUUUUAACAAAUUAAUUGCAAGAAUAGGUUUUUGACUGCCGCCGGUGGGGUGGGGUGGACUGGGUAAUGGGUCAUGUCGACCCCCCGCCGGGGGGGGGGGUGUGGAGGAAGAGGAUCUUCUCCGGACACAAUCCCACCGGAUCCUCCUUUUUCUUCAUUUUUCUCUUCAGUUUUUCUUCUGCUUCCUCACCUCCUUCAAUUCUUCUUCUUCAACAAUCUUCUUCAAUUUUGAGUCUUCUUCUUCACUCUUUUGUUUGUUUAUGGGAAACUUUAGAACGACGAGUCGACUCACCACUUUUACGACGUUGUCGACAACUAGCUCCGGGGAGGCCACGAAGCCGACUUCGGCCGAUGCCGACUCAGGGAAAGCACGACGCCGACUCCGACUCGGCCCUUAAAGAAGAAGGAUCCGGAGGAUCCGGUGGGAUUGGGUCCGGAGAGGAUCAUCUCUCAUGUCGGGGUGUGGCUUUUGAUAGGUUUUUUACUGUUUUUGUUUUUUUACUUUUAUUUUAUUUAGACUUAACAGUGUUAAAUUGAAAGUAGCUAUUAAAUUUGCUGUGCCAUGUCUUGCGCUGUUAGAUUACGAGAAUAGUUAAGAUGUAACAAAAUACGGUUAAUGCACGAAACCUAAAUACAGAGUCUCAUGAUUUGUUUUGAAAAUAUAUAUAGCUAGUCGGGGCUUCCUCAGGGAUCUUCCGCUAGCACCCCACUCGAGAAUGAUAGAGACCCCUCCGGUGGUUAAAAUAAAGUCUAAACAAUUCGGCCAAAGGUCUGAAAUUUCUAGAAGUUGGCUACUUUUCGAAAUUUCUCUGAAAUAGAGCAGUAAUCUUUAUUGCAUACUUAUAUAAGAAAGUCGAGCAAUAAGCGGUUGCCCCAGCUGCAAGAUGUUUGAGUGUGCCUAGCUAUGUGUAAGUGAGAGAGAGCUAGAGGGAAAGAUUAAGGGAGGGAAAUGGAAAAGAAAACGCAGAGGAGUCAAAGGACGCUGGUGUUAGUCCCAGCUCCUUACCAAGGUCACAUAAAUCCAAUGCUUCAGCUGGGUGCCUUCCUCCACUCAAAGGGCUUUUCCAUUACAGUUGUUCACACCCACUUCAACUCUCCAAACCCUUCAAACCACCAUAACUUCACCUUUCUUUCAAUACCAGAUGGCUUAACUGCAGGCCAUAUUUCGUCUGGGAAUCCAAUAGGCAUUCUAUUAGCUAUUAAUGCCAAUUGCAAAGAAAGCUUCCAACAAUGCCUGACUCAAUUGAUGAAGCAAGAAGCGCGGAACGACAUCACCUGCAUCAUCCAUGACGAACUCGUGUACUUUCCGGAACCUGUGGCCAAUAAUCUAAGCAUCCCAAGCCUUAUCUUACGGCCUAAUAGCGCUACCAAUUUCAUUGCUCGCAGUGCUCUCCUACGACUCCAUUCAAAGGGUUAUAUUCCUUUCCCACUUCCAGUUUUUAUUACUUGUAACUAUGACAAACUCUGGAUCACAGACUCAUUGUCACUGAAACCGGUGCCUGAGCUUCAUCCCCUCAGAUUCAAGGAUCUGCCCAUCUCCACUUUUGACACGCUUGAAAAUUAUUCGAAACUAAUGGUGAAUGCACAAAAUGUGAGGACAUCCUCAGCCAUCAUUUGGAACACCCCGGACUGCCUUGAACAAUCAUCACUAGAACAGAUCCAGCAGCAAUGCCAAGUUCCAAUCUUCUCUAUAGGUCCUCUUCACAAGAUUGCAACAGCAGCCUCUAGUAGUUUACUAGAAGAAGACACCAGCUGCAUUGAGUGGCUUGACAAGCAAUCUCAUAACUCAGUAAUCUAUGUAAGCCUGGGGAGUCUAGCCUCCAUCGCUAAGAAAGAUCUAGAUGAAAUGGCUUGGGGAUUAGCUAACAGCGAGCAACCAUUCUUGUGGGUGAUAAGACCUGGCUCAGUUUGUGGUUCCGAUUGGAUCGAUCUAUUGCCUCAAGGUUUCAAAAAAGCUAUAGGAGAAAGAGGCUGCAUUGUGCAAUGGGCACCGCAGAAGGAAAUUCUGGCUCAUGACGCAGUUGGCGGGUUUUGGAGCCAUUGUGGUUGGAACUCAACCCUGGAAAGUAUAUCUGAGGGAGUUCCAAUGAUAUGCAAGCCGUUUUCCUACGAUCAGAAGGUACAUGCAAGGUAUCUCAGCCAAGUAUGGAAAAUAGGCUUACAAUUGGAGAAUGAGAUAGAGAGAGGAGAGACAGAGAGAGCAGUUAGAAAACUUAUGGUAGAUAUUGAGGGGAAGGAAAUGAGGGUGAGAGCCUUGGAAUUGAAGGAGAAAAUAGAAGCGAGUUUUAAGAGCGGCUCUCUUUAUGGUUCCUUGAAUGAUCUUGUAGAUCUUAUUAGGUCAUUCUAAGAAUCUAAUUGCAGCCAACUGGUUUUUGUAUGCAUAUAAGAUUUCGUAAUAAGGCUUCCUGCAUCUAAUGGAAUAAAACUUUGUAUCCUAAUGCAUUAAUCUAUAAAAUUUUGGUCAAUCACUGUAA